UCACUUUGCGUAAGAUCUGCACGGAUGGUUACGGAUGUCGGGAGGGAGCGAACUCGAGAGAUACUUGGAUAGCCUUGUAUUUCCAUUGCGCGUAUUGCUCCAUACUGAAGAGCCAGCUCGGGUAUGUGAUGCUAUAAUCAAAGAAAUUGAAUCAUUCGACAAAAAGCGACUACUUACCGGUUACGUUGAUUCCCUCGCAGCUCAUGUUGAUAUACCUUCAACUGACAUCUGGCGCUGUUUCAGUUCUCUCAUACAACUGCGUAAUUAUGUAAGUAAUAAUAAGCCGCAGGAUAGCAGGAUAGCACAUUGGACAGAAGAUCUUUACUUGUUAGAAAAGCUCGCCGAAUCUAGUUUCAAGGACAUUUUAUCACGGGAUUCUUUCAAUGAUGAGUUCAUCAAAGCAGUCACCGAUUUUAUAAAUACUGAACAAUCUUACAAACCUGGCAUAAUGAAUGCUGUAUCUAAAUAUCCGCCAUUUCGAUCUCUUCAAUGCCGCUUCCAGAUUACAAUUGGGCGGAUGGUUUUGUUGAAUGCACCGGAUGUAAUGCUUCAAUUUUGGCUUCGUGUUGGCAAUGGAGAUGGUGGUGAUGACUGGACAACCGGUAUUGCUGUUGAGACUUCUACUUCCGUGGAGGAUGAGAAAAUUUUCUUGAUGGAUUGUGCAAUGCUAAGCAGAUUAAUUGAAGAAAUUGAAAAAAUUAUGUCAGUUGCUUGUAAAUUAGAGCGUUUACACUUGAAAUAAAUUUAUAUACUGCGA